AAGAGGUUUACCUCUACACAGAUACACGUAACAUGGCAACAUUAAAAAAAAGUUAAAUUUCAAAAUGUGGCGCGAAAUUCUAUAACUUUUUUUUUUUCGAGAAAUGUCAAAUCGAAUUGUGAUGUAUAGAUAACUCUUACAAAUAAGUGUUUUAUGUAGAUAAAAUAUAAUUAUUUGUGUUUUAAUAAUGGCGGAUAUAGAAACUGGAUUGCCUAGUGCGUCGAGUGGAAAGAAGUGUAGUAUUUACUUGUUUGUUAGGACAGUGUAUCAUUUGUUAUACUUUUUGGGACAUAAUGCUGUAUUGUGCUGGGCCAUGUAUAUUUGGUAUAAGAUUGGUGACGCAUCAACAAAGCAUCCUGUGAUACAGAAUCUUAAAUAUUUGGCGCCUGCUUUUUUCACUAAUUGGAAUUUUUCCUUCCAGACAUUCUUCCUCGGCCUGUCCCUACUGUACGAUCUAUUAGAAUGGUUCGAUAAACAGAAUAGCAACGUGGCUGUCAAAAUCAAGUAUUGGAGAGAUGUGCUGUUCUGCAGUGCCGUGGUGCCUUUUACUCUGUUCGUCACCUCAAUGUUCUGGUCAGUAUAUGCGAUAGACCGAGAACUGGUAUUCCCCACGAUAUACGACGAAGUGGUGCCCUGGUGGUUCAACCACUGCGUCCACACGAACAUCGUGGUGGUGUUGGUAUUGGAGACACUGCUCCAGGCAAGGAGGAAACCCACGGAUGAGAAGGUGGAACAGACUAUAUACUGGGGGGUCGCGUUUGCGUAUGCUGUUGUGUACUACACAAUAUACUUCGCGACACACAGAUGGUUAUACCAAGUUUUCGGCGUAAUGACUUGGUGGCAAGUGUGCAUUUACCAAAUAUUCAUUUGGGGCAUAUCUUACGUGUUCUAUAAACUACAAUUCCCGAUAAAUAGAUUGGUCCAUGGCCAGGAAACUGAGGAAAAUGUAGAACAAGAAAAAGAUAAUGUAGAACAAAAAGAAACGAACGUGGAAGAAAAGAUAAAAGAUAAUGAUACAGGUAAGGUAAUUACGGAUUUGAAGACGCCGCCUUUUUCGACGAGGUCAUGGAGUUUGAAGUUUCGCAGUUUGCGAAAUCAGUUUGAAACGUCGCGAUUGUAGGUUAAAAAACGCGGCGUUUUUUUCCGUUUUAGGGUAUUGUUGUAGAUUUUACUAGGUUCAUAUUUGAGAAGCAAAAGAUUUGGUCUCUGGAAAAGUCAAUAUUGAAGGAUAGUUAAUAAAAAAGGUGAAAUUUUUAGUUCUUUUUCCUUUAUACAGGAUAAUUAAAUAAGGAAGUUACUAAUAAACGAAAUCUAUGUCUUAUAUUUAAUAUUAUUUGGUCAAAAGUAAUUCACCCUGGAAUCAAAUGAAAAUGUUACUGAUUAUAUUUGUGUAAAAACUGUUGUUUUUAAUUUUUUUGUAAGAAUUCGAUCAAUUCUUCAUCAACAAUGUAUUUUUAUAAUAAUAAAAGGCUGUGUAUCUAUUGAAAAACUAUUAUAGAGAAUGUAUAUAUAAUUAUUUACUACAUAACAACAUACAACAAAAAAAGAAUUGAAACUGGCAAUACUGUCGCGAUAAUUGUUAUCAUAAUAUUGACCUUCAUAUCAAUUUUAUUUGUGAAUUUCAGAAGCUUUUUUAUAUUUACAUAAAGAGAGUUUUAUCAAAUGUAUCUAAAGAUCGUAUUUUUAUAAAUUUUGAGACAUUUUUUACAUGUAAUAACGAAUAAAUCAUGGAUUGAAUUUUAUUAUAAAAUAACAGAAAAUAAAUAAAUAUUAAGUAUGUAAAAUGAUAAAAACGCCGCGUUUAAACGCUAUAUUAAUACAAGGAUUAUGGUAAUAAAAAUGUAUUUGUUGUAUCAAUGAAUAAUCAUAGUAUUUGAAUGUAUAGAUAGUAAGAAUUUCUAUUUAUGCCCUUGCCAAUAAUGUUAAAUUAUUCUUUUUCCUUACAAUACAUUAAAAAUGUCAAAAAAAAAUAUUUGUAAG